UGUAGGCCGUUUGCGGUACUCCACGUACGUAUUCAAAGCGUGACGUCCGCCGUGCUGACGUCUACCCGGAAGCGCCGGGAGCAGUUGUUUUGUUUUGGUGCAGAAGUUGGUUGACCACCUAGGAGGCUUUGACAAUGCUACGGACCGACGCCGCACUCUAUAAAUGGGUCAAGAGCGCCCGGUGAUGGAAGAUGACGGUCAUGCGUCUCACACAUGUAAAACGCCGACGCUCAUCGGUGCUUUGGAAGCGGAAGAGAAGGUGAAAUCGUCACUGGGAACUAAUCAAGUGGAGGCGACGCUUCGAAAUUAUUUGGACCGACGGAUCAGCAGAGGGAAGUACUUGCCGGACGACGACGAAGAACGACGCGUAGAACAACAAGGAGUACUCGAAGAACAAGUCGAGGAAGAGGGGGAUGCUGAGGACAACAACAACAAUAACUGCAACGGAGGAGGGGGAGACCGCAGAGGAGAGGACACUCUCGACUUUCUGAGUGCCAGUUGGCUGGCUUCGGCGUCACCCUCUGACCACGCCGGUACAGACGCUCCGAUGCAGGGCGGUGCCGAGGAUGUCCACGGUGACAACGCCGCCGUUUGCGACGUCACAAGAGACUCGCGACGCGACCAGAGAAGACAACCGGGACACGCCGGAGUUCAAAAUAAGCCUCUCCUUGCCGAAUUAACCUCUUCGGACUUUGGGGGAUUUGAAAUAUUUUCUCUUUUCGACACGAAACAUGAAAAAUGUGACACCGGUGUUACUAGUCGACGUUCGGACCCGACUUCGAGCGCGAAAGAACACAUUUACUGUGACGUCUACUGCAUCGCCAACGAGCGACACCAUGACACUGUUACAAGCGAGGUGAUUUCCGCGUCGGGCGAGGGGCUCGUUUUAUACACCGCCGAAGACUUGGUAAACCCUCUGCACGAGUCUUCCCUCAGCCGUCGUUCAUCGCAGCAGGGGGGCUCGGAUGGCGCAGCCGAAGCGCAGCCGUGCCGGGUGUGCCUUGACAGGAAAACGAUGGCACCCUUGCCAUGCUGCCGGAAGCUGGUGUGUGACGAAUGCCUGACACUGUACGUCACCUCCCAGGUCCAAGUGGGCAAGGUGCACAUCCGCUGUCCCAUCUCGGAGUGCAACGGGAUGCUGGAGAACACGAUGGUGGUCUCGCACCUGGCCGGCGAGGACGUGCUCAGGUACCGUUACUUCCUGGAGCUGAGUCAGCUGGACUCCAGCACCAAGCCCUGCCCCCGCUGCAGACACUUCACUUCCCUCGGCCGCUCCAGCCCCGCGCGCGUGGAGAACAAGUACAAGGUGCAGUGCGGCAGCUGCCAGUUUGUGUGGUGCUUCAAGUGCCACGCGCCCUGGCACCAGGGCAUCAAGUGCCGCGACUACCGCAAGGGCGACAAGCAGCUGAGGAGUUGGGCCUGUGUCAUCGAGCGCGGACAACGCAACGCUCAAAAGUGCCCCAAGUGCAAGAUCCACAUCAAGCGCACGGAAGGAUGCGAUCACAUGGUCUGCACGCAGUGCAACACCAACUUUUGUUACCGCUGUGGCGAUCGAUACCGUCAACUCAGGUAUUUCGGGGAUCACACGUCGAACCUCAGCGUGUUUGGCUGCAAGUAUCGCUAUCUGCCAGAGAAGCCGCAUCUAAGACGCUGUAUCAGAGGUUCCAUCUGCGGCGUGAAGUUGCUGUUGGCGCCACUGGUCCUGUUACUGGUGCUGGUCUUGGGAGGCGUGGCGCUCGUCAUAGGUGUGAUCGCCUACCCCGUCUACUACGUGUGCAAAAAGAGGACGAAACGGCGCACUCUGGGCUCCUGGCGCUCUUGACGUUGGCGUGCAAGAACAAGCAGCGAGACGGAACUCAGGGUCUCCGGAAGACGCGGAGCAUCUACAUCCACGGUCAUCCUUUUUUGCUGGGGAAGUUUUUGCACGCAAGGCUUAAAAGCGCACCCGACAUGACAUGAGUGAGGAGGCGGGGUCAGGUUGAUGGUUGAUUGCCCGCCAUCCAGCACACAGGUACGACUACAGACAUUGGAGAAAAGAUGGUAAUUUCGCAUUUGGGGCACACGGGCACAAAAAAAGUGGAUAUGUGUUCAUGCAACAGCCUUGGAAAUCAGAAUUGUCUUUUCUUUUUCUUAAUGGGAAAGACUUUUGUUCUAUAAUUGCUCCCAUGCGUAGCUUUCAUAACACUGGUCAAGAUUUUUUUUUUUUUUGAAUCAUGGAUGCAAGAAAAUUUUGUGCCGAUUCCGAAUCCACCCUCAUUUUUCCUUGAGCACUCAGUUUUCGCAAAGCGCUUUGGGCACCAUUAUCAUGUACAUUCAGCAUUAUUCAGUACACACCAUCAUAAUAAAUAUAGGAAAGUAGAAUUAUUGGUCAUAUUUAUGGAUGGAGGACACAACGGAUUAAUUGCAUUCUCUCGUCUCAUGGCACUAUUUGGCUCCCAUUUUAUGGAUCAACACAAAAGUGAAUGUACAUGUGACAAAGAGUAGAGAACACCCACAACAUUUAAAAAGACCCUUACUUGAAAGUGAAAGAAAGUCGGCCAUUUUGGUUUGAAACGGACGUUUUUGGACACGUGUUAGGCCGACUCCCCAAGUUGGAGUUUGGAGUUCAGCCGGCCUUCCUGCCUCGUGUGCGCCCACACGCCAGGAUGUGCCUCAUCAUCA